CCAGCUUGCAUCGCUGAGCUCGAUUUGCAGUUUUCCCGAGAAGAUGGACCUGCAGUUCUGCACGUUGCAUCAUUAAAAUUAUUCAAAAAAAGCAAACGUCGACGCCGUCCACGUCUCGUUCGGACAAGGAGACAGCGCAAGGUGGCAUCCAUUCGGCUCUGGGUGUAGAUUCUACUAGUUCUGCGUCUAAAUUUAGUCCCUCCAUUGCAAAGAAGGCUAAGAAUGACUGUUGGCGCAGCGGGAAUUUCUUCGGCUGCAAUGCCACAAGUGCUUGUGGGGAAAUUGAAGGUUCUGGGCGAGACUUUUGGACUAGUCGAGGCGGCAGGCACAGAACACCGCAUCCCGAUUCCGACUGGCGUUUGUACUACUUAUACUUAAUCGAUGUCUAUAUAUUUUGAAUGUAUCAAUUGAAUCUUUCUCUUUGUCUUUCUGGUUCUUCAUCGUGGCGAGGCACAUUGUCGUUCUAAUCAUGAAACACUUUGCAAUUCGCAAUGUGAACUACGUAUGGACACGAAAAUAAAUAUUUCAGUCGUGAAGCCGGGUCAGCUCGUGGGUUUCACGGUCAGUGGGGGAUCCACCGAAAGCGAAGUGUGGGUUGCAGUCGACGGAGUUGACCAAGAUAUUGCAGAGCGAAAGUUUCCGUCGUGUGUGGGCACCGUAGCAAGGAGGCGUUGCGAGCCGCCCUUGCCCUUGGCCGAUGAUCUGGAUGUCAACGUUCCUGACACGACCGCUGAUCCAGCCACGGCCGAGCACGUCGAUAACUCCUUCGUUCUGCGCGUCCGUGUACCGCGCUGCAGCGAGAGCGACCGCGUCGAUCAAGACUCGCACGGCACGACGGACGCAGGAGCCGCUGCAAGAACCAUCCGCCACAGAAGCACGGAAGAGAACAUUGACGAGACAGAAGAUGACACCAUAAGUACGAAAGCAAAUUGCGGGAACAAAGCUAGUGGCACGACCACGCGAACGAGCAGGGCGAGUACGAUGGCAUCAUCCACAGCUACACCGUCGUCGUCAAGCAGUAGUUCAUCUUUUUGCGAGUACAACCCGAACGACGACGGCUCGCAAAAACAUUUCCAAGAGCAAGUUCAGCAAGGGAACCCUUUCCGGACCUCGGGUCUGGCGGAGAACGAGGUGGACACCGCUGGUGCUGGAGCUGGGGCUUCUACAACCGGGACAAUUACAGCGCCAUUUGUACCAUCAGAGACUGCAGCAGCUCGCAUCCAGCAGGUGGAAAAUCACGCUGGUGUCCCAGCAGAUGAAAGUACUAACUCGCACAGAGGCAUCGUCCCCCCAGAAGACGCACAAGAACAACAAGAUGAGUACCCAGCUUCGAACUUUCCCAAUCUUUGAAAUCACUAACACGGUACGUAAAGAAAACAGCACCUCUAGUAAUCAGGCAUGUUCUUGCAUGCACUUGCAAAAAGAAAACUCGCACGCGUUGUGAUCUUCUUUGUUCAUCUAGGACGUCCACGCUAAGAUAUUGUAGCACGGAACAGGCAUGCGCGCAACUUCAGACCGAGUGGAAAUUGGGAUCGAUUUUCGUUUUCAAGAUUCCUACCAGGACAUCCCGAUUCCCGAGAACCUGUUGGAAGCAGCCCGAAGGUACCUGCUGCAGCAUAGCUGCUUUUUAGAUAUUCUUCUCGCUAUCCAUGAUCCAACCAAUAUGUAUAUCCUUCAGAAUCUGAAUGUGAAUCAUUAUCGUGGUCAUGUGACCGUGCCCGUGCGGUAGCUAGAAGUAUGCCAUUGGCCUGUGAGUAUGACUCCCAGUCCGAUCUUCACAUGACAAUAACUACAAGCAUUAUAACACACAGGAGUCUACAGGAGCCCCUGGCAAUCGGAGCGGUGCUUGCGUGUGAAGUGCAGAACGGCGAAAUCGUUGCAGGCCCUGUCUGGAAACAGAUAGUCGCAGGUAAUGUAAGUUGUAGCUGUUUUGCUGUCAUGAACAUGCACAUAUUGGUCACAAAAUCUGUGAGACCUCCCAGAUACAUCACUUGCCUGACUCGGAAGUUGAGACUUCCACGCGAAACGAUUUUUUGCGAGGUAGUUUUUCCGCUUAUGCCACUGACAACUGAAACUGUCCCCAUCUGAGGCAAGCCGAGCCGCGUUUCUCUUCUGUGUCAUUCUCGAUAAGAGUCAUGAAAAGUCUCGAUGCAAUACCAAUGGAGUUGCAGAAAUUCUCCUGUGUGGCAAGAAGAAUGAAUGACCGCAUGCGAAACUGCGGUUCUGCCUGCUGUGGGCGGACCACGUAGAUUUUUGAAUGCGAUAUCGAGACGCGCCUGUUCCCGAAGCGCGCGGCCACGAACACCGAAGCCGAUGCCAGCGACGCUCCAACAACCACGGCAGCAGCUACAGGUGGCGGCAGAAAAAACGCGCUAGCGGAAGAAGCAGACUUCAAUGCGGCACUGCAGGCGGCGGAAGAUCUGAUGAACCUCGAGUUUUCGACAACGGCCGGAGGUGAUCAUGACGUCGAAAUGCGUCCUUCUGAGGAAGAGAUGCAGACGCAGGCCGCUGCAAAGCUGCCACAGGACGCAAAGGCAAACUCCUCCUCGAGUACUAUAUCAGAGAAAGAGCUGCAGCAUGAAGGCGCGCAGGAAAAGCCUUCUGCCGAAGCUUCUGCAACAGGAGCGGCACCGGUACCAACCGGGACGACACCCGCCACAUCCUCGUCCUCCACCACAGCGCAGAAUAACAUGCAGGGAGUGCAUAUGGAAGCGUCGGGAUCUGGACCGAAAUCAACAAAAUCGAAAUGAUUUGUGAUGCAUAAAAACGCUACCAGUUGGAGCCUCAUUUUCCAAGUGGGGCAUGACAAAUUUCGGGAGCAACAAAAUCCAGCCUGUCAUGCUGUUUGGGCAAGGAAGGCUGCUCCUCUCAUGCUACUCUGGCAGCGCAUCGCCUUCCCCUAAACGGGCCUGCAUUCGGUCCCAUUUGCCUCCUCCCCAACACAGGCCAUACGUGCCCUACAUUUUAUGCAUUACAGAUUUUGUAGAUUUUGAUUCUAACACCUCCAUAGUGCACUCCGCUAGAUCCGCGCGGAGUCGGCAUUACUGGUGUGACGACGACAUCGACACGAAUUUAGAAAACAUUCGUAUGGGCACCGUGACGUCGACCAGCACCCCAGACAAUGACCACACGGUGAUCAUGACCAUGAAUCGAGAAAUGAUCUUUUGCCCGACCGAGUAUCUGCAAAAACUUCGGCUUGCGCCCGGCACUGACGUCGCCUGCUCCGUCUAUACUGACGAAGAUGGGCAUCCAGUGGUAGUUUGUUACUCCACGUUUUUCUGCUUCUUGCUGGUUGAGAAGCAAAGAGUAAAUACAUACGUAGAGCUGCAAUCCUGAUAGCUAUAUGCAAGAACGAGCUUGGUACUACAGUCGCCUGCUAGUUCACAAUUUCAACUUCUCUUUCAGGCCGACAGCAGCAAACCGCUCUGGGAGCUCUCCACGCCAUUCUAUCCUACUGAUAGCAUUUCUCACAUCAAGACCACGACCGAGCGCUAAUAUUGUAAACAAGCAAGAUAGAAACUACAACUUUUUUGACUAUGCAUAGUACUUGUUACGCGGUGAUCUCCGCAGCUGAAGAUCCUGUUCUAGACAUGUUGUCGACGACAUAUCUACAAAGGCGAGAUGAGACCGCCGCAUUUAAUUGCAGUAAAUACAGUUACAUCGGUCGUGAGCAUGUUUUUGUUGUUGUCAUGCAACUAUUGACGAAGGCGCAAUCCUGAAAGACGCCAUGUGCCGGCACGACUGAUUUCUAGGAUUCUAAGGAAUGCUACUUUUUCCAGUAUUUCUUCAAAGAGGAGCAGGUGCCAUUCUUUGGCCAGUACUACGGACGCGUGAUAAAUCUAAGCUCGCACGUAUCAUACAGAGAAAAUGCAGAACGUAGAAUUCGCCCUAGACCAAUACCAUUGGCGUAGGCAAGGCUCUUGUAGAUCGGGGCUCCUGUCGUUCUUGCGAUAAUAUCGGAGCACUGGAGUAUUGCUUUCCGCCCAGCAACUACUAACUGUCUCUGUCAAGCGCAACAAGCGCAUUCCGGCGCGCGUGAAAAUAAACAGAACGACGCUUAGCUGCAAGCGCAAGCAUUGGUUCGCGGUCUCGCGGCUGCAUUUAUUCCUUUUGUGUCGAUACCAGGGAAACGGCUUCAUUGAUUGCGACGCGCUGAAAACCGAGUACGGGCACGACCCUUUUGUCCACCAAAAGAUUAUGCGUCUCUGCGACAUCCAGCUGGGGGACAUGAUCAACUUUACCGUGCACAUCAACAGCAGUGGCACGCCCCAGGUUUCUGCCCCGGUUUGGCGGAAGUGCGAGGAAAACCGGAAGAAAUUACCUCAAGUAAGUGCUGUGUUUACCCAUUUCUGAACCUUAGUUGCCUUGGUACUGGUGGUAUAUAUUCAGGUAUUUGCAUUCCCUAGCUAAUUGACUUGGCCGUUCGACAUCAAAGCGGGUGUUUUUUGGUCAAGUACUGGUAGCAAAUUGUUGAAAGUGAAACACAUUAUGCCGGCCACUUACUCUCAGGAACUCAAUGAGCGCGUACAACAGUCACUCGCUCGCCUAAAGAAGCGAGCACGCAAUUGAUGUCAAUUUCGUUUCAGGAACACCAGCAUCUUCAGCAUGGGAAGGGCAGCGGACGACCGCAGCAGUCAGUCUUGGAGCAAAUGAAGGGCGCAGCCGGGAUGUACAUGAAAGGUGGCUCGUCGUCGUCCCUCGCGAUGAGUAUACUGAAAGGCGGCGUUUUCCCGCCCCAUCCUGGCGCGCUGAGCAUGAUGAAGGGCGGCGUCGCGCCAUCGGCGCACCCACAGCUGCGCAUCCCCGAUCCGAUGCUCUCGUGCCCGGCCGGUUCUCUGGGUGCCUUGAUCGGCAGUCCGAUGGAGGAGCAGUCCGCGCGAAGCAGCCCCUCCUUUCCGAUCGGCUCGACUACCCCCAACCAGCAGCAGCCUUUCGGUACCAGUGUCCUAACCCCUGGGGGUUCUAGCGCGACUUCUCAUCAAGGCUCUUAUGGCCCUGCGACUUUUGGAGGUGCAACUAACAGAAACCGGAAUCAACCCCGCGGCCACCCUUACGGCGCCCAGGCAGCUGGAUCUGGGUCACACUUCUUUGACAACAGCAUGAAAAAUGGAUAUGGAGAUAUGCUGGAAGAAAACAUCACACAACUUGGUGUCCUGCUACCUCUUACCUGAACCUGCCCCUUGGAGUUGGAGAUGAUGGCACCUCCACCUCCUGUGCUUUCGGCUUAUAGACAUGAUUAAAAAACUAAAAGCCUUCGACGUUUUUCUGUGCAUUCGUUCCAUCUCUGUUCCGUUCACCAAUCUCGUUAGACAGGAAAAAGCUCGAGUCGAAGGAGGUAGGACCACCUGGACAGCACCAUCCAUAUGCCGUUGAUUUGGUACAACGUGUACAAGGUUUUGUAUGAUUUUGAAAGUACUAUAACAGGACAGCUUGUGUUCUGCUGCAUAAUCUCAGUCUCGUCUAGGGCGCAGAUGACAGGAAACGGCAACUCGUCCGUUUCGCCGAAGGAGUAUCUACACCUUCAGCACGGUAUGGAUUGUAAAAAUGUCUGGGUCUGGAACAUUGAAACUUGUGAUGCUAACUUUGGACUCUAGAAAAAUCUGUAUUGCAUGACCAGCAAGAGGAGUCUACUUUGUGCUACGCAGGGAGGGCGUUUGUCAUGCGGAGUACGCAUCAGGAAGCCCUCUCAAAAUCUGUGAUGCGCGGUCGUGCAUUACAGACAUCCUAGGUCAUGCAAAACAUGCAUGACAUAUCUCAGAAUCUUCCAGACCCAGACAUUUUUACAUUUGAUACACGGGAACUGGGAACUGACGGGCGUCAUGCCCAACUCGGCUGACGCUCGGAAUCCGUUGGCCUUCAAUCCGGACUGCGAGGGCUGUCUGAAAAACACCAACACCAUGGGGCACGGGUUUCUCGCUUGUCCUGCAUUUCCUGGAGACGAUGUCUUCGUUCACAAAAAAGUAAUGGAAAGGUACCACGCCAAAAUGUUGAUUUCUCAUUACCAGUUUUGAAACUCCGCAUCUUCAAGCGAUUAAAAAGAUAUUUUGAUUUCGUUUUCGUACCGUCGAAAAUAAUGAAGAUAUUUGAACGCGCAAUUCAUUUUCGUGAAGUAGAGCAACGGCAUUUGUCGGAUCCCAAAACCAGGUGCAAUCUCUCCGUCGGAGAUCGGGUCCGGUUCAAUGUGCACGUUAGUGCUACGGGCACUGCGCGUAUCCUAGUGGAAAUAAUGUCUUCCAGCGAUAGCAUUACCAGGGUGCAUGUGAUGUUGAAACAAAUGCCUUCAGGAAAGAAUCUGAAAAAGGCAGCAGGUUGCAUAAAAAGAACCCAAUAUGGACGCACUCCUAUCUAUGCAUCACAACCAGGGGGCAAAGAAAAUCCUG